CUGACCACGACCUCCUUGGGUCUCCCUGAAGUCCUCCCGCAGACUUUAGCGAGAGUCCUGCGGUCACAGCAACGUCUUUCUCCGAUCACUGGAACCGCCGAGCUUCAAAGCUUGUCGCCGAGAAGUUGAACCAUGGACCACUGAUUCCAACCCAUCUUGGCGCAGUUUACGAGUCUUCUGUUCCAACCAUGGUUCGAGAGCAAAAAUCCGCCACACAAAAGCAGCCAUCUCCCACUGCCUUCGCAUCUUCAUUCCCUCUCCCCAAUACUCCAUCUCUAAAAACCUUCCGAGUUCGUAGCCACAAUGAACGGCUCUACCCGAACCCACACUGAGCACUGGGCCAGCGAGGCCUCCAGCGACACCUCGAGCUUCACUGCGGUCCCGACACCAUCUACAUCCAGCAACUCUUCGGACACUAGCUCUGGCGUUUCUGUGUCUGGCACUGCUUCCCAUGAUGGCCAGGGCCAGGCUCUUCCCGAUGCCGCAGUCGAAGGCGAAGCCCAGUCUACGGAGUCGAAGGAGGAUACGAUGCCCUCCCUCGACGAAGUGAAUUUCUUCAUUUUCCCCGCCAGCCUUACACGGCAUAUGGGCGUCACGCCGUGCCCGACCUCGGCGUCGGAUAUCGAGGCCGCUGAAGUUCUCGCAACAGACCCAGCGCCCACCGACGCCUCCCCCAGCCCCAGCUCCAGCCCGGAGGCCGCUCUGAAACCCUGGGCCGACCUAACCCCGUCCGAGCGCCGCUGCCGCUACCUCCUCAGGAUCCCAACCACUAUAUUCAUCUUCGCACUUUCCGUGCUCGGCAUCGCGAUGGCCUACGUUGCGGCGCGGCUGAUCUGGGUGCUUUUGGGUCUGCUGUGGGUUAUUCUAGUAGGGUUGGUCAUGUUGCCCAUCAACAUCAUCGUGGGUGCGUGCAACGCGUUUUGGGGAUUCUUCGAGUGGAUCGGGUCAUGGCUGUUUACGGUAGAGACGGCUGAAGCAGCGGCGACGGCGACGGCGACGGCGACGGCGGUGGUGGUGCCGGGGAUUUAGGACGGUGUAGCGGUAUUGGCGGUGAUAUACCUAGUAGGAUGAUAGGUAACGGACGUGUGGUGUAGCACUAGACCGUGGUAGAAAGAUUUCG